AACGACCACAAUGUCACUCCUGAGACCCGCGUUCCAAAACGCCUACAAUACCACCCAAUAACAAUUAUUAUCGGUACAGGUGCCCCGACCGGUCAUGCAGGGGCCGGUGUGUAAUUUCCAACUCUAAAAAGUUAACGGGUAAAGGUUAUCGUUCGAAAAUACAGAAAUCAACUGUUUUGUAUCUUAGCAACGGGCGCGCACGCGCACACGUCGACACGAGCGUGCGCAGGAAGGGGGGAAACUCAUCAGUUACGUGACAGCGUUCGAAGCGUGCGGUGCUUGCUAUUCUAUACUCUCCUCUGCCCAACCUCAGUCAGCCUCCCUCGAAUCGUCAUCGCCCCCAACUGAAGAGCGCCCCAACAUACCUAUGUGGAGGAUUUGUUCGGUUGGUGAGGAGACAUGUUGCGUGGCAGCGAGGAAGGCGACGCCAGGUGACGCCCGAGUGUGAUGACGACCUCUGGUCUCCGGUGAGCAGCCGACUCCGUCGAACUCCGUCAAGUGCUGUGCUUGGUUACUCAGUGAAGUGCUCCCUGUGAAGUGCCUCCCCUGCCCCCUUAGCCACCAGCUUCUUUCACCUUGCGACGCCGCCUUCAUGAGGAAACGAAAGGAGGACUUGUGGGGGCAAAAAUGCCCCCGGGGGCGGAGACCUCCACUUCAGAAUGCCCCCUGCCAGCGCACAUCCUAUAUCCGGAAGUGUUAGCUGGAGGUGAACGGGCACCAUCGCCAUGAACCUGCUAAACAUGGACGCGGAGAACCGCGUGGUGCUGAACGUGGGAGGGAUUCGGCACGAGACGUACAAAGCGACGCUGAAGAAGAUUCCGGCGACGCGAUUGUCGCGGCUGACCGAGGCGCUCGCUAACUACGACCCCAUCCUCAACGAGUACUUCUUCGACCGGCACCCGGGCGUCUUCGCGCAAGUCCUCAACUACUACAGAACGGGCAAACUUCACUAUCCAACUGAUGUUUGCGGCCCGCUCUUCGAAGAGGAGUUGGAGUUCUGGGGUCUGGACGCCAACCAGGUUGAGCCCUGCUGUUGGAUGACCUACACGCAGCAUCGAGACACUCAGGAGACGCUGGCAGUGCUGGACAGACUGGACCUGGACACGGAGAAGCCGAGCGACGAGGAGAUGGCGCGCAAGUUCGGCUUCGAGGAGGAUUACUUCUCGGGGACUCUGUCCUGGUGGCAGCGCACCAAGCCACAGCUCUGGUCUCUCUUCGACGAGCCCUACUCUUCCACCACUGCCAAGAUAAUCGGAAUAAUCUCGGUGUUCUUCAUCUGCAUUUCGAUUCUGUCGUUUUGCCUGAAGACGCACCCGGACAUGCGAGUGCCGGUCAUCCGCAACAUCACAGUGAACACGUCGAUGCACACGGCCGCCUGGACGCUGGACAAGACGCACACGAACGCACACGACGCCUUCUUCUACAUCGAGUGCGUUUGCAACGCGUGGUUCACGCUCGAGAUAUUGGUGCGAUUCGUGGCGUCGCCCAACAAGUGCGACUUCAUCAAGGCGUCGGUCAACAUCAUCGACUACGUUGCCACACUUAGUUUCUACAUUGAUUUGAUACUGCAGAAGUUCGCGUCACAUUUGGAGAACGCUGAUAUAUUAGAGUUUUUCUCGAUAAUAAGGAUAAUGAGACUGUUCAAGUUGACGAGACAUUCGUCGGGGUUGAAGAUUCUGAUUCAGACGUUCCGCGCGUCGGCCAAAGAGUUGACUCUGCUGGUGUUCUUCCUGGUGCUGGGCAUCGUGAUAUUCGCCAGCCUCGUGUAUUACGCGGAACGCAUCCAGGCCAACCCACACAACGACUUCAACAGCAUUCCGCUUGGCCUGUGGUGGGCACUGGUCACCAUGACAACGGUGGGCUACGGCGACAUGGCGCCCAAGACGUACGUGGGCAUGUUCGUGGGUGCGCUGUGCGCGCUCGCCGGGGUGCUCACCAUCGCCCUGCCCGUGCCUGUCAUCGUCUCCAACUUCGCCAUGUACUACUCGCACACACAGGCGCGCGCCAAACUGCCCAAGAAACGGCGCCGUGUGUUGCCCGUGGAGCCAACUCGCGGCCCGCGCCUGCCCGGCCAGGGUCCACCGCCCCCGGGCACCCAAGGCGCGCCACCUCCCGGCAGCUCAACGCCAUGUGGAGGCGGCGGAGGCGGUGGCGGUGGAUGCCCUGGCGUGCCGACCGCCGCCAACCGUCGCAUGAAUGCCAUCAAGACCAACCACCCCAAGGAUAUGGGACCAAAAAUGGAGAAUGAGCGGCGAAACUCUAACUUUCGUACGAAUGGCAAAAGUGCAUUGGAAGUCAAGAACUGCUAAAACACAAAGUGUUGGCAUGACGAUGACUCUGAACCCGAAUGGAGUUGGAGUGAAGGUGGAGCCAGUCAGGGGAAGCAUAGACGGCUCUUCGUCUUCAGGGGGCAAAGCAUCCAGAAUAACCUGAUAUCAAAUAUGUUCUAUCACAAUGUACAUUGCAGGUGUGUGCGAGUGAGUGAUGAUAAUGUUGUAAAUAUGGAACUGUUACGAAUCACUGAACAUUCAUGUAAAACAUGUUCAGUGAGUGGACUAAUUCUAUCCAAUUGCUAUUGGUAUCCAAUAUUAAAUUAUUUAUUGAAACUGUUCGCAAAACGUUAAAAUAAUGAUCCAGGACGGCUGUUCCAGGGCAAAAGAAGACUGGAAGAUGUAUAGGAUUUUUUAUAUUCAACGGUGCUUUACUCGGUUGUCCUUCAACACCAAAACAGCUUCAAUAUUGCCUUUCAUGUUGAAUUUUCUCAAUUAUCACAAUUCCACAGCAAUAAAACACGAAUCAGGUUGCACUGUGUGGAAGCGAAAAAUGUCCUUCAAUUUUCUAAGUAGCUAGCUAUAAUCUAAUUGAUUAUGUUCAAUCGUCAUAAUGUAGGAUUGUUGAAAGAAAAAUGAUUGCAUUGACGAAUGAUAUCUAUAGAUUCGUUAUUUUUGAAAUUAAUUUCAUAUAGAUAAUGUUCAACAGCUGACAAUAAUUUUGAAAAGUAGCAGAAUUUAUGAUGGAUUCAACAUUCUCAUAAUAUUGUUGAACGAAGCAAAUAGUUAGCUUCAUGAAGCUGUAGCUGAGAAGAAAUUGUUAAAAAUCUCUCAUUACUUAAUUAUUCCUCAAAUACAUUCCAAAACCGAAAAAUCCAAGAUUGGAACCUUUCUAAUAUUGAAACAGCAACAGGUGACUCAAAAAUGAUUGCUUUUUAUUAUUUGGAUUGGAAUAUUUUUUCAUAGCUCAAUGGUAAAACGAAUUAGUAUAUUUGAAUCAAUAUUUAAAUAUUUUGUAUUUUACAAUUAAUAUAUCAUUUCAUAGAAUAAGAAAAAACUUUAAAUGGUGAUAUUAAAAAUGGACCAAAAAUGAUAAAUAGUUUAUGAUUGUUGGGAUGAAGGUUUGAACUGGAGUUAGUUAUGACUUCCUCUUGAAAAAAUAGAAAUAGAUGGAAAUCUAUAAUAUAUUUUGGAGCUACAUCAGUUGAACAAGGAUUUUAUAAGCUAUAAAAUAUUAUUCCUUGUGUAUGAUUCCUACAACAUAUUAAUAUCGAAAAAUUUAUGACUUUCUUUUCAAUGCUUCAUGAUCCACCACACUUUUCACAAUUUUUCCAUAGUGUGUUGUUGUGGAAAUUAAUUUAAAAUAAUAAUAAUUAAUUUUUUAUCCUAUGAAAUACAUGAUGAAAAUGAUUUCAUAUGAGGAAGUGGAUAAGGGCAUAGGAACUUCCUUCCUUUUUUCUGGAUUCCUUUCGACAGUUACCGUACCUUAUCAAAAACAAUAUGGAUUCGAUGAACCUGCUUGCUGUUUCAAUUCAUUUGAUAUGAUAUUUCCAUUUCAAUGAAGGAAAUAUAAUUCGGUAUACCUCUUCUUCAAUAAAAAUUAUCGCCUAUGGUAAAUUUUAAUUAUUUUUGUGACAGCCAGAAUUGAAUGAUGAUCCCCUUUUCAACAUAAAACUACCAAUAUUAUAUGAAUAAAAAAUGGAGAUUACACCGUAAAGAUUGGAUUAUUUCAAUCAAGUUUGUUUCAAAUGACUUUUAUUGACCGCUAUAGGUGCUCUCAUUACUCAUGAGAUAAAUAGAUAAAAUCAGAAUCUUGAAGAUAUCAAUGCAAUCCUUGUAGAUAUUCUAAACAGUUGAAUGGUUGAAGAAUAAUUUUCAAUUUGUUAAAUAAAUCAAUUGGAGUGUAAUUUACUAAUUAUAUGAAUACAAUGAAAUAUUUUGUAAAACUAAAAUGCAUGUGUAAAAUAUUUUGUAUCAGAAAAUAAAUAAAUACUAGCUUAUAAAAUUUAAAUUUCUGUACAUUUAUGUUAAAUUGAAUUCAAGUAAUAUAUUGCUGUAGAUAGUUUGAAUAGAAAUAAGCCACUUUUAAAUCCAUUGACUUCUAAUUACACAGAACUUUCACAGUCGAGUGCAAGCUCAUAGUCAGAACCCAGCUUGGAUCUUAAUAGAUUUAUACUUAUUGGAAUGAAUAUUUCUAUCUAUAGCAAACAAUAUUUCUUUCUAUGUGUCUCCAAUUGUUUGAGUUGAACCAAAGCUGAAAAUACAUAUUCUAUUCAACUGCCAUUUUACCGGUCUUAUCAUUCCAUUAUAAUUACAACCUACUAUACAAGAGAUGAGUUAUAUAAAUGAAUACAAUUAUGUAAAAAGAUAAAUACAAUUACAAGAGAUGAGUUAUAACCCAUUUUGAAUGGAUUUUUUAUUGUACAGUACGGUACGAAAGCAUAGAAGUAGAGUAAUAAUUAUUUCAAAACGUAGCACUCAGUACUGUACAUACUUUCCAAUCCAAUUUUGAAAUAUUUUCAAUUUUUGAAAGAUUCAUGUUUAGAAAAUAGGUAGCUACUAGCAUAUUCAAAGAUGAAUGUUUUAAUAUGGAUCACAAGCUGGGUUCAUGAUUAUGCAGAUUAUGAAUAGCCUACUAUAAUGUGAAUAUUAUAAUAAGUCAUUAAGGAUAAUAUUGAAUCAUUCCAGUAACUUUUCUUGUUAUUGUAAAGAAAUAUUUAUUUUAUCUUUGUAUGUUAAGUGUCCAUAAAGUAGAAUGCGUAAGCUAUGUAAAUGAUACGAAUAAUUUUAAUGUGCCUUCAUUUAAAAUCUCCAUGUUUCCAUGAUUUAAUUUCAAAUUAUACGUCUCUUCUCAAAUAUUUUUUGCUAUCAAUGCUGACAAUGCGUUGAAGAAUUUAUUAUUAUCUGUGAUAAAUUACUAGAACUAUUAUUUUCUUGAUUAUAAUAGCUGUAAUCUCCCAAUAACACUGACUUAUUAUUUUCUCAGUAUGUUUUGUUCUUAAUCAUGUAAGAUAAUCCAUUCAGUUCUUGCGUUUUUUAUUCCAAUUGAGAAAAAUAAAAUAUUUUGAAUAAUAUUGUGUAAAAACCAAGAUCUUAUUAGAAAUCAACAAUGGACAAUUUGACAAGACGUUGUAAUUUCAAUUACAUUCGAUAAUGUUAAUAUAAUGCCGCUUUUAUCAAAAUGUUCAAGAAUUUCAACAAAUAAUCAAUUUCAACUAUCAUAAACAUCCAUGAAAAGUGUUACUACUUUUCUAAAUUCUAAUAAAUGCUGAUCAAUUUUGAAUAAUUAUAUGUUGCGGAAUUCAGGAUCCAAGAUUUGAAGUUGGUGUUGUAGUAAUAUAAUAAUAGUAGAAAAAAUGUCUUUAUAGAAACACCUUAUGGUUGAUAAAUUUAAAGUUGAAUGAAAAAGUGGGGAGUAAACCUCUAUCCUUAAUAACUGAAAUGAUAGAAGCAAAAUUCACAUUCAACAACUCCAAUUUUACAGGGAAAUUAUAAUAUAUAAGAUUUUUUAGCUGUGUUUAGGAUGGAACGGACGGAAAAAUACAUACAAUUAUUGUUUUCAUUUUUGUUAAUUACUUGAAUUUCACUACUGUAACACAAAUGUUGACAAGCAACAACUAAAAAUAUGGUGUAAUUUGGAUACUCGUUAAUUGAUAAGGCCUAUUGUAUUUCCCUCUGAUGAAUUAUUUUCUAAAUGUAGCUGAAAUAGAUGAAUGAAAUCUAGCAUAUCAUUAUGUACCGUAAAAACCUACCAUAAAUAUUGUACAUUCCCAUCUUAUGUUUUCGCGAGAAAAUUAUUAUAUUGUUAUGAAGUCUUAUUCCAAUUCUUAUUGAUUGCUGUUCUUAGAUAAAUUAAAUAAACUUAUUCAUCGAAUAUUCCUAACAAGUACAAAAACUUUAACUUUCUGAAAUAGAAGAUACGCCUGAGAUGAUUGUUUACCCUAUUCGAAACCCUUUGGUAAAUUUCACAAUGUCAAUAUACAAUCUGAGUACAAAAAUGCAAUGAAAUUAAAAUUCAAUUUGAAAACAAAUUUUCAUCAAAAUUGAGACCAGUAGACAAUUAUACUUUCUAGAAUAACAGUUACGAUGAAAAAUAUGAUUACUAGGGAGUGAGCUCUAGAUGUUAAUCCAUUUGAAAGAGUGGAAAUUUCUAGAGAUUUGAAUGUUGCUAUAUAGGUAUGGUUGAAUUAGUGCUAUUUUCUAGAGCUCAUGAUUCCGGAUACUGUGAUAAAUAAAGGAUAAAAAUGUAUUGAUCUUUCAUAGCUCACAAUUUUAAGGAUCGUCAGCGACCAGCAAUAUAAUGUUCUAAUACUACUUGUAGAUCGUUAUUCACAUUAGACUUCACAAAAUCGUUAGUGUCCUGAUAGGUUUUGUUCAGUUCUAUGAUUUAAAUGGAAGUUCUUGAAGUACCGUUCGAAAAAUUGUACUAUUCUAGUGGUAUAUACAAUCCAUAGUAAGUUAUAUUCUCUCAGUUUGUUACCUGGGUCAGAAAAUACCAUUUGUAAAUAUUAAUGUGAUUUGAAUGCACAAGAAUUUUUCCUUGUUAUAAUGAAAUUUCCACACGAUAACAUGCUUCAAUAUUAUUGAAAAAUUCACUCAACAAUGUUUUGUAAACAGUUUUCUUCAAUGACGGUAGACUAAACGAUGAAAAUUAUAAUAUGUCCUUUACAUAUGAUUUGCUUUACAAUGCGUAAUUGAAUUUUUCUAUCUUAUAUCAUUGUAUACUGCCAUAAUAAAAUAUAGAAUUUGUGCAAAUUGGAUAGUCAACAAAUUAAUACCGUUCAAAUGUGAUUAAAUUCUUAUUACUAUAUUUAUUGUACAGUGAUAUCAUCAUUAUUGCAUUUCAAUGGAGUGGCAUUGGAUUUAUGAAUGGUGUAUUUUAUAAUCUUAGUUGAGAAAGUAUUGAAAUGAGUUUUGAAGAUUGGCUGUGAAAUGUCAACCUUUCCUGUAUCACUGUUAUUUAUUUGGAUGAUUAUCUAAAGCUGAAUGAGGAACCAAAUUUGAAUUUUGUUUGUAAUUUAUUGUGUUGAAAGUACCUACCUUGGCUUGGAAAGAAAAUCUUAAUCAAAGUCUCAUGGACCAAUAUACAUAUUAUAUCUGCUGUAUUAUUAAACAAUAAUAUUACUGCAGCGAUUGUUGAAUAAUUGAGAUCAUCAUUAUUUAUACUAUUAUGAGAAUAAAGAUAAUACUUCAUGUGAGAUUUCUAUUACCUGUGAAUCUGAUGCGU